AAGAGACGGAACGGAUACGUCCGUUGUUCAUUUAGCUAGCUAGCUAGCUAGCUCUGUGAAGUAAAAAAAAAAAAAAAAAGUUAGCAUAAAUAUUUGGUUGGAGAACUCUAGAAGAACACGUCGAAACUGCAGUUGAAAACAUUUCGCACAUCUUUCAAUGGUUUUAAGUUACUCGUCGUGUGGUUCACUUGCUUCUAGCAACAAACAAAGCUAUGGCAAUGUAGCCAACGUUUGCAAAUGGCUACACCAUUUUAUCGUUUUAGCUAGCUAAUGAUAUCUAGUCUAGUGCUUAUCGAAGUCCAAUUUAUCUUGUUGAAUCAAACCAAGAUAGAGCUAACUAACGGUUUACCUCUGUAACGUUGGUUAAGGUCUUUUUAGCAAAUGAGGUGGCUAGACUACUUCCAAGGAAGGAUAAGCAAAGCUAGCAAGCUGACGAUGGCUGCAUUAACAUUACUCUGUUGACAUUUUUUUUCACUUGUGCUUUUAUCUCUAAACUAUUUGAAACGUCCGGUAACAUUAUAAGCGACAAAAGACUCGUAGCUAAAGGCUAGUCAAAAUAAAGACAAGCAGGCUAUUUUACCGACGAGGUUAGGUAUCGCUAGCUUGGUAUUGACUGCGGACUCAAGUAACUUAACCAACUUCAGAUCUUUACCUACGCGAGGAGACGACAAAAAGAAUGCUUGGGGAGUGUGGUAUGCUGGAGCUUGACAAAGCUACGUUGCGGAAGUGCAGUGUUAAGCUGUGCAAAGAUAUGGUUUUGGACGAGCUGCUGGUUCAGAUGCUGAAGACUGACGGAAUUCUUUCAGAAAAUAUGGCAGAGAGCAUUCUGGUCAACAGCACAUCCCAGACGAAGAACUAUAAACUGCUAUCCCUCCUGCCGAAACGAGGGUCUUGUGCCUUCAGUAGCUUCUGCAAGGCACUGAGGGAGACUGAGCAGCAGGACCUGUGCAUACUGCUGAUGGAGGAGAGAGAAAGGCUCAGAGAGGAAUAUGUGGACUCCGCCCUGCCCCUCCCCACCCAGGACACUGCCAAGGCCAAGAGAGCCAGGUUGCACGAGUCGGUGGAGAUGUGUCUGGACGCAGACAGCCCCAUCACCAAGCCCGUGCUCCCCUGUUCUCGUGACUUCUACCUCUCUCACUUCCAGCAGGCCUACCGCAUGGACUCCAGUCCCCGCGGCCGGGCCCUUGUCAUCAGCAACGUGACCUUUGACCCGCUGGCCCCUGACCUGGACAGGCGGGUGGGAGGGGAAGUUGACGAGGAGGUGUUGGGAAAGCUCUUCACUGAGCUGGACUACACGGUGAUGCUGCGGAAGAACCUCUCGGUCCAGGAGAUGCAGGUCUGCGUGGAGCAGUUCAGCAGGAGUCUGGACCAUCGGACUAUGGACAGCUGUGUGGUGUGCCUGCUGUCUCACGGGGUGGAGGGGGCGGUGUACGGCACGGACGGGCAACUGUUGGAGCUGGACUGGGUGUUUAAGUCUUUUGACAACGAGCACUGCCCUCAGCUCCAGAACAAGCCCAAGAUGUUCUUCAUUCAGGCCUGCAGGGGAGAGGAGAUGGACUGCGGUGUGGACCAGCGGGACGGCUCAGAGAGAACCCAGUCUCCCGGGUGUGAGGAGAGGGACGCGGGCAGGGAGGCGCAGGAGGACCGGGAGAGGGAGGAGAGGGAGCGGCUGAGAGUCAAGCUGCCCAAGCGCUCCGACAUGAUCUGUGGCUUCGCCUCACUGAAAGGCACAGCUGCUAUGAGGAACACAAAGAAGGGCUCCUGGUUCGUUCAGGAACUGAACACCGUGCUGAGAGACAAGGCCAGAGACACUCACAUGGCCGACAUCCUGGUGCAGGUUAACAGGCGUAUUAAACAGAGGGAAGGCGAUGCUCCAGGGACCUCCUACCAUCGCUGCAAGGAGAUGUCCGAAUUCACCAGCUCCCUGUGCAAAGACCUCUUCCUGUUCCCCAAGUACUGCCCCCAGAGACCCCCCGCUCUCCCCCUCUGGAACAACCAAAGGGCUGGGUGUGGAAAUUGAAGUCUCUGCAUGCAACUCUGUAUACCAGCCAGAGUGUACUCCAUUUGGUUUUUUAAGAUUUUCAAUGUUAUUUUUUGUAUUUUUUAUUUUUUUUAUGACUCGAAAAUAAUUGUAUUUAAUUUUAAUUUUUGUUUAAUUAUGUUUAAUUAUUUUAUAUGCAGAACCGCUUGAAUAGUUUUUAGCGAACGCUUUAACAUUUCAAAACUGUUUUGUAGGUUUUUGAUGUUAAAAGAAUACAGCAACACCAGCAUUGCAAACUGCAGAGUUUAUAAAUAAUGUAAGUCACGUGUGUGUGUGUGUGUGUGUGUGUGUGUGUGUGUGUGUGUGUGUGUGUGUGUGUGUGUGUGUGUGUGUGUGUGUGUGGGGGUGCGUGCGUGCGUGCGUGCGUGCGCGAGUGUGUAUGAGAAGUUUUAUGCAAGAAGAGCAGGACACACUCCCUGUAACACCUUCUUUGCGAGCACAAGGCGGGAGUGUUGGGAAGCCAGGCGGUCCGCCCUGGUUGAGUGUUGUCAGUAUUUAGGAGACUGGCCUGUACAGAAGGGUGUCAGGUUGGGUGGCAGCCUGUCUCUCAGUGUCACUGUGCUGUCGGUUUUAAGAGCUCUGGGGGAUUUCCUGGGCCUGGGUACUGUCCCACUGGGGCCGGCUGUCUCUCUCCUGGUUCUGCCGUGACGGCCAUCCUGACUGACACACAGGCCCGAUUAGCCGAUGCACACUCUGGUACUCCUGUCCCUCAGACUGACCUAUUGAACAAGCUGUGCGUGCCUCGCGUGUCACUUCCUGUCGUGCCCAGUGCGGUCCAGGUUUGCUUUUAGAGGCAGUGUUGCAGUCUUUGUGUGUGAGCAGUGAGCUCCAGUGUUACUUAAGUCAAUACAUUCCUAUGGUUUAGCGUAAGGGCCGGUAAACAAACACAUCGGCUCUGGAGUCAGAAGCAGUGCUGCUCAGGCCUGUGCCAGUGAUGACUGAGUAUGGAGGUUUUCAACUAAUCCCCACAUCUGCCCAUCUCAGUCAUUCUUAUUCCAGCCGGAGCGGAGCGGGGGAGUUGUUGAAAGGGCAGAUGUAGUGACUUGGACCUGCGUACCCCCCGGUCCUCCGUGGCACGUGACUGGGCUCUGUGAAAGCAGAAACGUUGCCGCCAGUGAGCAAUCACGUGACACGGUGACGCUUUGGCAUCCUUCUAGAGGCAGGGCGGGUUUAACUUAGCCUGGGCUCCUUGGGUUAAAGGCCACAUUAGUUACUGUCAAUAGCACACCAGCUCUCCACAAGCACCCUGUUUUCAUCGGCGUGCCCUCUCCCCUGCAGUGCUGUGGGAAACGGGCCCUGGCACGCGCGUGGUUAGUGCUUUAGCGGCGGGACUCUGUGGGGGUGUAGGUGGCACAGUGAUGACUCCAGGGGACGUGAUUGGAGGUUCCAGAUUAAAGAGAACUGAACUCUCUUGUGGGGAAUUCUGUUGAAAAAAGACAGCGAAGGCACCUGCUGGUUGCAUUGUUUGAAGCCUGAGAUGAAGUGCAUUGUGGUUAGAUUGCUCCUGGGCCUGUGUGGCUACAGUCAUUUGGAAACUUCAGCUGCAGAACCAUUUUGGUUUGAGAGAUUGCAAAAACAGCCAGCACAGUGAGAGAGCAGGGCGUUCGGGCUCCUAUGCACGCGCACGCACACACACACACACACACACACACACACCACAUGCACACACACCACAUGCAUGCAUGCACGCACACUCACGUGCAAACACACACACACACACACAUGCACACACACACUCACGCCACACAGACUCUGCGUGCGUUCCUCCAGAGGGGAUCCUGAAGGCUGGAGAAACGGCACACUCCACAUUGUAUUGGAAAGGAAUGAAAUGUAGAUUUUUAUGGUAAAACAAAACUUUUUGAAAGUAUGUAUUUUUGAUACAGAGACGUCCUACCACUGAAAUAUUCCGUAGUUUAGCACAGUAGUUGACGGAAGCUUUCGUCACAUCACUAGGUGAGUUUUGGUUACAUGACCUCGGAACGACCUCCAUUUCGAAAUGUGCAUAUUGUACUUGUGUAAAAUGGAACCUCCCACACAUUAUGUUGUAUUUUAAUAUGCCAAACGUGCAGCAUCCUUUUAAUUGACUGUACUGUUGUUUUUUUAUUAUUAUUUAGAUUGUUUUAUGUAACGCUUCCCUCAUCAGGCAGGAAAGAUUACUGUGCGGUAUGGCACAGUAACCGUGUAGUAUGUGGGUGUUUAACGGGAGGGUCAGUGCUGGCUCAGUCCAGUAGGAAGAGUGGUUAUAGUGGUACUACUACAGUGUAGUACACGGUGUUUGGGAGAGGAAUGGUAUUGAUGGAAGGGUUAAACAGAGUUGACUGGCUUUAUGAGACAUUGUAUAGUCCAGUGUGUUUCAAGGCAGCUCAGGACAUGGGAGUGCAGCGUGUGUAUAUUCCUUUAUAUGAUACUCUGGCUCUAAUUCACUGCCACUAUCUAGUCUACCAAGCUAUUGGAGGUGUUGGGAGGUGUGGGUGCUUCUGGGUAAAUUUUUAUUAAUUGAACAGAUUUCUUUCCUUUUUUUUUUAUACUUCAAUGACUGCCAAAUGUAAAAUGUAUAUCAGAAUUAAAGUAAUUCAAUGAAUUAAA